AUGCGAAAGAUUGCGAAUCUUCACGGCAUCGAUAAUCCCUGGCGCGACAAUUCAGAAACGCUUCGGAGGCGACUGGAGAAGCAUUCGUGUCCCCUGUGUAUAAGUAACUGCACAGUGUUCGAGUUUCGCGAGCCCGCUCUGCCUACUAACAAGUAUAAGACGUUCAAUGACAAGCGAUCCAAAGACCCUGCAAAGGUGGCUGCUAAGAACGCCCUCAAUGCCCGGUCGUACCGCAGCAAGUUCAAGAAACCAUUCCCUCCCAAAGCGCCAUCAUUUAAAACUUUCCAUCGCAUUGCAAACGCCUUCGCAGAUGAUCUUCGGGGCGUAGAAGAAGCCGGUUGCGCGGUGUGCGGGUUACUGAAGCGAAAGUCUGAACUGCGCCCCCUAAAGAACUACAAGGGAUUCCUGACGGUCCUUGAAGACGAAUCUGUUACUAGUACAGAACGCAAGUCACUGCACGAUCCCUCAAAACCUGUUACAGGGCCCGUAUUGGCAUCAGGAUGCGACAAGAUUUGCCCUUCAUGCCGCAAAAGUAUAACUCAUGGCAACAUGCCGAGGAACGCCUUAGCAAAUAAUCUGUGGUUAGGAGACGUGCCACCUGAGCUGCAAAACCUGCGAUACGUUGAGCGAAUGUUGAUUCAGAGGAUGCGCCACAACGCAUGCUUUAUCAGAGUAGGAGGGUCAUACCAAAAACUUAUCGCGCACGCUGUUUCCUUCCCCGUGUCAAGCCGCAAGGUAUAUGCAGCAUUACCUCCAACGAGAGCUGAGUUGGACGAAGUGCUUGCAGUGAUGUACACCGGUCCCGUCGCGCCCACGAAAGCCGAUUACUUGACAGGCAAGUUCAACCCUAUUCUCGUUAGGCACAACGUCGUACGAAAAGCACUUGAAUGGUUGGCGUUAAAUCAUCCCGACUACGCAAAUGUGCCAAUAUCUGAGAAAAACUUGCAGAGCUACAACACAAUGGAACCACCCGUGACGAUCGAAUAUAGAACGCUAAGUACCAACAUCGCUCAAGAAAGUCGGAGUGCCGAUAACAAUGAGGACGAUCAUGGUGUAGAGAGUGGUGAGGUUCCCAUCGUUAGGCGAAAUCCAAAGAAGAGCUGA